AAUGAGUAAGGACUCAUUCACAAUCCCACGAAAUCACUUGUCUGGGUCUUUAGGGUGGACAGUACUAGAGUUUGGUGGGAGUUAGGCAAAGGAACACCUACACUUUUAUGGCACCCUUGUCACUUCUCCUGUCACAUACCCACCACCUCUGCGUUCUAUUGUUAAUGCAUUUCACUAACCACGCCCCCACUUCUUAUUCAACUUUAGAUCACCCCACUUUCUUACCAGAAUUUAAGAUUAAACGCAGUUUAAAUAUUUAUUAUUAUUUUGUGUCGAGUUCCACAUCCCAUGAAAUACAAUAUCUCAGAAACAUUUGUGUGAUGUUAUCAGACGGAUCUGAAUCGAGUCGGAUUUCGAUCCAUUUGUGUGAAUUGCAUUAAUUUGUACAGUUAUAAAACAGCACCCUAACACAUCCCACGUGGCUGAAAAUGUACUAUAGACUAUAGUUCACCAUGUUGUUCCCAGCGUAGUGUGAUUAAGAUAUUAGGUUGGAAGUGGUGUGUUGGUUUUAUAUUUGGAUCCACAGGGCCUCUUUUUGGUGUCAUCAUCAUUCUAAUCUAACCAAUAUACUGCUUUGCUUUGCUCUCUCAAGGCCUCUCCAUCAAUCACUAAACAGCUGCCUCCCACUCCCCGUACAUGUUGUUUCUCUCCUUUGUGGGAAUUCACUGUGUGUAGAUGCUAACACAUUUUUAAGGAGCAUCCUUCAUUAUCGUUUUGUGUUCUUUGUGGAAACUGCUAUAACUAACCCAGUUGCCAAGCCUAUUCAGGCGCUGAGCUAGGCAAAACUGUUCAUUUCUCUAACUCUUCCAUUGGUGGAUCUUUUUCCUCUUUAAGAGGAAUUCAUUGGUUUGAUUUUCAUCUCUCUGCCAAAUUCCUAGACUUGGACCCUUCUCAUAUACAAUCCCUCAAUUACAAUGCUUUACUUCCUCAUAUCUUUUGUCUCCUUUCUCAUCCUUUCCAAGUCCUUCACCAAUAAGCCUCUCUCGUCAGGGCAGGGUGGGACCAAAAUAGGGUCAACUGGGUUUUGGGGGAGCCUCUCAAGUUGGCUACUUUCUAGUCUCAGAAAAGGAAGCACAACCAACCCUUGUAGCUUUUUUCGGUUUUCUCUUGUCAUGUCAUUGAAAAACAACAGUUCAGUGUCCAAGGUGGAGAAUGAGGAAGAGGAGGGGAAGGUUUCUCUCUUGGAUUUGCCUGAUUUACCGUUGGAGUGUAUCCUUGGGCACCUUUCACCUUCUGAAUUAUGCAGUGUGGCAGCAGUGUGCACAUCUCUUAGGGAUACAAGUAGAAGUGAUCAUCUAUGGAAGAAACACAUGGAGAGAAAAUGGGGCAAAGUGUUUGGUGAUGCUGCGUAUAGACAAUGGAAAUGUCAUGUGGCUUCCAAGGCCAGAGAGAAGAUCUCCAACCACCAAAACCAGAAAGGAUUAUUUGCUUUCCUUCAUGGUGAUUUCCGCCCCUUGGUUUGGAUGAAAGCAAAAUCAGAAAAGGGAACACGGUCGAGUAACUCAUUACCGGAAGAUUCAUUCAUGGCUCUGUAUCUCUCUCUUGAGAGUGGCAAAUUUUGGUUCCCGGCUCAAGUCUACAACCGCGAGAACGGUCAUGCUGGGUUCAUGCUCUCAUGUUAUGAUGCCCAACUUUGCUAUGACUCUCGAUCUGACACUUUUCUGGCAAGAUAUUCACCUCAUGGGAGAUGGACAACUGAGGAAAACAUAAGAUGGGACCGACUCAGAGUGCCACCAAUUGCCUCUUCUCCACAUGCUCUUCACAUCUCUGACUGUUUGGAUGAUUUGAGACCUGGAGAUCACAUUGAAAUUCAGUGGAGAAGAAACAAAGAGUUCCCUUAUGGUUGGUGGUAUGGUGUAAUUGGUCAUUUGGAACAAUGUCAAGGGCAUGGGAACCAUUGCCGGUGUCACAAUAAUGAUAUGGUGAUUUUGGAGUUCAUGCAGUACAGUGCUGGAUCUAGAUGGAGACAAACCAUGAUAGAUAGGAAGCAUCAUAUAGAAAAAGGAAAUGAAAUAGAUGGUUUUUAUGGAGGAAUCAGGAAGCUGCAUAACAGGGAAGAAAUUACAAGGUGGAAGAAACUCUGGCCAACCAAAACUGUGGUACAUGAUUGAUUCAUAACUUAGAAUUUUGUAAAUUAAGCGAUCACCCUUUCUAAAAUGUGAAGGAUUAGUUUGUCACAGAACGAUGUCAUUCCUAACAAUAGGUAUAAACUUGGAAAGAAACAGUGCAAUUACCCUUUCAGAGGUUGUAACAAGUGUACCACGAUAUAAAUCUUAGUGUAUAAACUGUUUUACAGUUUCCUGCAAUUAUUGAAGAAUACGUUUUACAACCA